CCCCCUCUCCGCCCGCUGCUACAAGCCUUUCCAGGCGCACCACUCCUUGCUCACAGUCAAAAUGGUUUCCUUCAAGCUCGUCGCUCUUGCGCUUCCCAUCGCCGUCGCUAACGCGAUCAACAUCCUCGGCCCUAGCGAGACCGACUUUUGGGUCCAGAACCAGACCAACGUCAUCACUUGGCAGUUCAACCAGGGCGACCCCAGCCCCAUCGACAUCGUUGUCAUUAACUCGAACAACGCAACCUUGAACGGCGCCUUCUCGAUCGCCCAAUUCGUCAACAUAUCUCAGCAGACUGUCACUGUCACCAACGUGACGCUGCGUCCCGGCGACGGCUACCUUGUCCAGUUCGUCAACACCACGAACCACACCGACGUCUUCGCCAACAGUUCUACCUUCACUGUGAAGCCCCCUGGUUCUCAGCCCGGCCCGACUGCGGCGCUCUCUAGCUCCGCUGCGAGCAGCAGCGCUACCUCGCCCUCGAGCGCGAGCGGCAGCGGCAGCUCUAGCUCCAGCAGCUCGACCCAAUCCGCGGGAAGCAACGGUGCGGUCUCCUUGACCUCCACCGGUGGCAUCUUCGGCGUUAUCGCCGCCUGCGCCGUCGCAUCCCUCUCUGCUCUCCUCUUGUGAGGACUGAGCCCGAGCCGACUGAGCAUACCCGGGAGCUGUGGCCGCCACUCGGCGCAACUCUCGCCCUCUUCACUCACCUUGUGCAGCAACCCCUGAAUCCCAAUCGCUCCGAAUGUCUCUGAAUAUGGACAGUGAACACUCUGGAUACCCUCAGCAUCUAGUGUGGCCACCCUCUUUCACCCCACCCUCGUUUAAGACUCGGCUUGUUGUGUGUAGUCUCUUUGUUGGUCAGAAGCCGGACUGCUGCAUCCGAUCGCGCGUUUUUCGACGCAUGAUUCGUGUUACAUUCCCGCCUUUCUGAGGUCUGUGUUGUUGUCAUCGCUUUCACGCUGUCUGUCGUGCUGCUUGUAGUGUACAGCUUAGCACUCUGCCAAUGUUUCUAUAGCUAUGGCCUGGGUAGUUCCCACGCGCGCUACGUCCGCACGAUGUACAUUUUGUGUAUGGGAGACGAGCUCUUCGGAACAAGGCUGUAACCUCCCGCCGCGAGCAUUAUUAUCUUGCUGUUUUGGUCUUUCCGAACAGGCGUGGGUGAACUGGAUCCGCAUUCACGGACGCCUGGUAGCCUUUGACGGUCGUCGUAUUUCCGUGUUGUGCGACUUGGGCGCAUCCCUCAUCUCGUCGUCCACUCCCGAUUCUGCUCAGGCGGCCCACCAGAGCGGAUUCGGCGAUGGCAUCCUCGCCCGUGCGUGAGGACAGAGGUGGCAGACUGUUCACCCGGCACUUACGAGUUGUGAGCUGUGAAUAUUUGCGGGGCAACCGCGAAUGGAGCGAUGGAUCCUUGCAGCAAUAGAAAACCUCCGACUGCUAUGCAAUGUGCGUAUCUCUGUUGCG